AUGUACACACUCCUCACUGGUACCCUUCCAUUCGAUGACGAUGACGAGAGAGUCAUGAAGGACAAGGUUAUCAGUGGAGUCUUCGAGGAUCCGGAAUGGCUUUCAGAAGAGGCACGUGAUCUGGUCAAGGCGGUUCUACAUGUUGACCCGGAAAAACGACUUACGAUUGCCCAAAUGCUCGAACAUGGGUGGUUCACGUCGCGACCUGUCUUGCCGGUGCAGAUGAAUGCCUCCCGCAGCAGCCUGUCGAUUGCAUCUCGUCCGACCUCUCCUGUGGCCCUGCUGCAUCCGCCAUCUUCGAGUACGGACUCGCAGCUGCGGUCGGCAGUAUCAGGAAAAUCAGACUCAACAUAUCACUCUGCGUCGUCCGAGUUUCCAACAUCAGUGCCGACAACGCCUGAUCACGAUGUAUCCGAGGAUGUAUUUGGGGCCACGUCUUCUACCGUUCAUGUGCCAAAGAUAAAUGGCGUAAGUUAUGACUCCGAGACUCCGGAGCCGCCCCCACCACGGCCGUCGUUCCCUCGGCAUGGUUCCAAUUCAACAUCCAACAAGGUUCCGCCAGCGCUACCUACACGUACUCCUGCACGCACGAAGCGUCGUUCAGUGUCGUCUACCCUCUCUGAUCCAUCUACGCCCACAUUCGAGAAAUCUGCUGGUUCUUCUCUUCCCCAGGAUUUCUCUUCAAUUUUACAAACUCCUGCGCCGCUGAUCUUCUCGACAGCUCUCGAGCGUGAUCUGUUGAACUCAAUGAGUGCCCUCGGUCUGGAUACAGGUCAGAUUGUUCAUUCCGUGCUUAGCGAUGCGUGUGACGCUACGGGUGCCCUGUGGUGGAUGUUGAAACGCAAAGCGGAAAAGCGAAUGCAGGAGGAGGGAGACAACAAAGCUGUUGUGGAUACGAUGGAAACAGAUAUACCAGAAGAAACGAAACAGAAGGCGCCGCCGAGGCCGAAGGAACGCAAGACUUCAGUAUCUGCCUGCCGAUCUGCCUGCGAUACUCCCCCUUCUUCUGCAGUCCAAACCGUGUUAUCGCAGACGCAUUCUGCUCCUGAAUUGCAACUUAUUCCUCCUACUCCCACGGCCGCAGUAACAGCACGUCCCGUUACCCCUCCCCGCACGAAAUCUCCCACUAAUCAGCUCCUGUCUCCGACACCCUCCAUGGCUGAGCUUUCUGUACGAUCACAUCCCUCGACACCCGGGGGUAGCCUCAAGGACAAAGAUCCGGGCUCCAAGCGGCGCGGCAACCGAUCUGGCAGCGUUAGCAUCAUGCAGCGAGCAACAACCGCAUUGGAAGCUGCCGGACUUGUGAGGAAGAAGUCUGCAGAGGGUGUACGAGAGGAGAAAGAGAAGGACAGGGAGCGGAGUUCUGAUAAACGAGCGGCCAGCGGCAGUGGCGAGGAGCCAAGAGCGUCGCAUGGGAGUGGCUCGAGCAAGCUUGCGAAGAGUCCUCCUAUGAAGUCGAAGGAUGCGCUUUUACCUGCCACACCCCCUCCCAGCCUUGACCAUAGCGUUCAAGGACAAGUAGGGUCCCCUUGGGUCAUGGCUAACACCAGGGGAUCACCUCCUCCGACUGGGACUGAUUCACCGCGAGAUACGCUAUCUGCGCUGCCGAACAUCGCUGGUAGUAAGACUUUGGGUAGCAGUCGUAAUCGCGCAAGUCUCCUGUCUGCGUUCCGGAUGUGGUUCAAGGAGGACCCUAAAGGAAAACGCAAGGAAGGCCCAGUACUUCCCUCACAGCCAGUGCAUGCUUAUCCGCAUUCUAUGACUAGUCCUGGCACAAAUUCUGCACCGGGGCGAGGCCGGGGCGCUGUGAAGCGUCGUGUGAGCGGAAGCCGCGGAAAGUUUCCAGCGGGAAGGCAAUCGGGGGGGCGUUCCAAGCGGACAUCGGUCUCGUCGCGGCGCUCAAGCAGUGUGAAUUCUCAUCGAUCAUCCAUCCAUUCCGCCAUGUUUCCGACUCUAGAAUCGCCUGGUUAUCCACCGGACCAGAUGGUCUCAAUGACGCGCAGAAGAAGUGAUGGAAGUCGGAGGUCGUUUGGCAGUCAUACGCCCAACUCAGAGCGCGAUGAUUUUUCAAGACCCCCCUCUAUUCAAAGUUUCACACAUCAACGACAUCGGAAAUCUCCUUCAGCGAGCUCGGCGGGGUCUAUGCAUCCGGGUCGCACGGCAUCGCCAUUAUCUAAAUAUCACAGGCGGGCUGGAUCGGGUUCAUCCACUCGUGUUGUUCGACAGGCGCCACAUAUCGCGCACUUGCGAUCAAAUUCUGCCUCGUCUGCGCACUCACUUGCAUCAUCUCGUCCUGGAUCUCUUUAUGAUCUUUCGGAGAGUGAUAGCCGGAGGAACAACUCACCUCAUAAGAGCUACUCACGGCGCUCAUUGGAAGAGACGCCAAGACGGAAUCAUACACCAACCACCUUCGUCGCUCAUAAGCGGCAGACGCCAUUUUCCAAUCCGAGUGGCAGUAAUAGUUACCUAAAUUCGCUAGGACGUUCCAGUUGGAAAAAGUCAUGGGGGUUGGAACCACCCGGCUGGCAAACACGAUCGGCGUACUCCGCUAUCGAAGUGCUCUCCAUCUCUCCUCCUCCAGAUAGCCAACAAGGGAUUAGAGACGUUUUCUCUAGGCGACAAUCCCUCAGCAUGGGUGAUGAGUCGGACUGGGUGGACGAAGAUGACGACGUCGCUGGAUAUGCAGGCGGGCUCGGGCAAAUGCCAACCUCUGCAGCUAGUGCAUCGCCGACGUUCGCACAUCAGCCUGACCCACCCUUACUGUCACCACCACCCAGGGGACAUGGCAUGCGCUCGGGAGUGAGCAAACGUUCGACGGCAAGUGCCGGGCUUACCGCCGUCGGUGCCGCUGGAAGAGGCACGCGAAGCAAAGGCGGUCGUUCUCCCGGUGGACGCAGCUCUCCGCUUCCCAACGAGACAUUUGAACAGCCAGAGCAACGAGGUGGUCGCAGGCAACUUCCACCUGGACGUUCGGGACCGGCCUUCCGCCAUCCGAUUCAAGAAGAAGAUGAGGGUGAAGAGGAGUAG